AAACCUUACAACAGAUCAAGCACAGACACAACACAUUCACAUAUCAAAAAUAAAACACCAUUACUCAUCACACUCUACACACCACCAUCUUCUCUCCCCUUUUUCUCUACACAACAAAUUUCUUAUUCUCUCUCUCUCUAAAAAACAGUUUAUACAUAGACAAAAUAAAUACAACUCUUCAAAUCAUUUAAUUUCUCUACAAAUUACUUGUUAACCCAAUUUUUCUUUUUUGCUCCUUCUUCACCUUCUAAUUUCAAUUUAAUGAGCUUCUUCUUUCCUUUCCAGAAUGAACAAAUAAUCAGUAAAUUAGGGUUUUGCUUAUUUUAAUUGAGCAUCACAGUUUUGGGCAAUUUCUGUUAUUUGUUAUUUUCUUCUUGAAAGUUCGGUUUUUUCCGAAUUUUCAUUGCGAUUGAGCAUCUGGGUUGGCGAGAAAAAGUGUUCACGGUCAUGCAGCAAGCUUUGGUGGAUCCAUUGUUGUCGACUAAUCUGAGCUCCGACUCUGUUUCUCGGAGAUCGGACCCGGAGAAACGGAGAUUUGGUGAUCUUAGAGGGUUACAGUGGCGUAUAAAUCUUGGGGUGUUGCCUUCUUGUUCUUCUACAGCUUCUGUUGAUGAUCUUCGUCGAGUUACUGCUGAUUGUAGAAGAAGGUAUGCUAGUUUGAGAAGGCGUCUCCUUGUUGAACCCCCUAUUCCAAAGAAUGGAACUAAUUCACAGAAUCUUGCCAUGGACAAUCCGCUCUCACAAAAUCCUGAUAGUACAUGGAGUCAAUUUUUCCGCAACGCAGAGCUGGAGAGAUUGGUUGAUCAGGAUUUGUCACGUUUAUACCCAGAACAUGGCAGUUAUUUCCAAACACCAGGAUGUCAAGGCAUGUUGAGACGAAUUUUGUUGCUAUGGUGUCUCAAGCAUCCAGAAUGUGGUUAUAGACAAGGAAUGCAUGAAUUACUUGCUCCUCUGCUUUAUGUUCUCCAAGUUGAUUUGGAGCGUCUCUCAGAAGUUCGGAAGCUUUAUGAAGAUCACUUUACAGACAGAUUUGACGGACUUUUAUAUCAAGAGAAUGAUCUUACUUACAUCUUUGAAUUUAGGAAAUCUCUUGACACGAUACAGGAUGAAAUUGGCUCCCACGGAAGUGCAACAAAAGCCAAUAGUCUUGACGAACUUGAACCCGAGAUUCAGUUUAUUGUAUUACUAAGUGAUGCAUAUGGAGCUGAAGGUGAACUUGGUAUUGUAUUAUCCGAGAAAUUCAUGGAACAUGAUGCUUACUGUAUGUUUGAUGCUUUAAUGAAGGGGCCCAAUGGUUCGGUUGCAAUGGCCGAUUUCUUCUCUUCCGUUCCUGUAGCCGGGUCCCAUACCGGCGUGCCUCCCGUUAUCGAAGCUUCUACGGCAUUGUAUCAUUUGUUAUCUCUUGCUGAUUCUUCUCUGCAUAAUCAUCUUUUUUAUCUCGGGGUUGAACCUCAGUACUUUUAUCUCCGAUGGUUGCGAGUUUUAUUUGGGCGAGAAUUUUCACUCGACAACCUAUUAAUCAUUUGGGAUGAGGUCUUUGCAUCAGAUAAUUGCAAAGUUGAAAUUUUUUCUGAUGACGAUGUAGAUUGUGGAUUCAGGAUUUUACAUUCACCUCGCGGAGCAUUUAUCUCAGCGAUUGCCGUAGCAAUGUUACUUUAUUUAAGAUCUUCUCUACUUGCAACCGAAAACCCUACAACUUGUCUCCAGAGACUACUAAACUUCCCCGAAAACAUUAAUGUUGAAAAACUACUAGAGAAGGCUAAAUCCUUGCAGGGUCUUGCUUUAAGUGUCGAUAUUUCAUCCUCGUCACUUUUGCUCAUAGGGUCUCAUUACCAAAGUAAAAUGGCGCCUACAAGAAACGUGGUCCCUCCGUCAGAAUCCGUGUCUCCAAAAACCCCUCUGAAUUUUAUACCUGAUAGUUACUGGGAAGAAAAGUGGAGAGUUGCUCAGAAGACCGAAGAACGUAAGCAAGAUGGUGUAGAAAAGCAGGUUCCGACUCGGAAGAAGGGAUGGGCAGAAAAGAUGAAAUUUAGUAUGAGAAGAACAGAAUCUGAUCCACCUCCAUCAAGGGUUCAAAGUAGACAAAGGGGAUCUAAGAUGUCUUUUAGACGCAGUUUGUUGGAUGAUCUUCGUAAAGCACUUGGUGCAGACGAAAACACAGAACACGAGCAGUGUCAUGAAAUCGUAUGCGAGCAGGAUAAUAUCUCUGAAGAAGUUGAAGUAGAGCGACAAGAAAGUGUUUGUAAUAGCGACAACAAUUACUCGUCUGAUGAAAAAUGUCCAAGUGGAAAUUCUGGCCGUGAGGAAGAUUCAUCUACAUUUUCUGACUCUGCUAGUCCCCCUAAUGAGGCCAACAAUCACGAAAUUGCCUCAGAAAAAAAUAGUGUUACAUCUUUUUUAUCCCUAGAUGAAUGCCAUGAAACUUCAAUUACCAGUCCUAUUGAUUCACCCCUUCCAAUUUCUGAUCCUCCAGAGAACAUGCCUUCGACAUCAGUGUGCAAUAAUGACGAUCAAGAAAAGCAUCAAUGCAAUAAAAAUUCAGAUACCAGUCCCAAUAAUUCACCCUUUCCAAUCUCUGAUCCUCCUCAGAACUUACCUCAGACAUCAGAGUCCAUUAACGACGACGGUGCAGGAAGUUCAGCCGCAAAUUCUAAAGAGAGAAAACAGAAUAAAUUCCAGUGGUUUUGGAAGUUUGGUUGGAAUACCGUUGAGAUUAUCUCCGAGAAAGUAGUAGGUGCUGCCGAGCCUACAAAAUCUACCAACAGUUGUAGCGACCAAAGUAAUACACUGCCACCACCAAAAUCAUUGGACACUUUGAAGAAUAUUGGACAGUCUAUGCUUGAUCAAAUUCAGGUACUCGAAUCUGUUUUCCAACAGGAUCGCGGUCAAGGAGCCACUGCAUUGGAGAACAUAUCUAAGAAUGUUCUUGUUGGCAAAGGGCAGGUUACUGCCAUGACAGCUCUCAAAGAGCUUCGGAAAAUCAGCAAUCUAUUGUCUGAGAUGUGAGUGAGAGAGGUUAAUCUAGUUUUGACUUGUAUGUGUAUAUACAUUUUGUAAAUUAUAAUUCUUUGCCCCAAUAAAGAAAUGAGUUAUUUUUCUGCAUUUCA